GUGCCAAACUGAAGAGGUGGCAGGCGAGAUUUGCAUACUGACCACCCCUAGGCUACGCCCACAUGUGACGCUGAAUCUCCACGAUUGAAAAAAACUGAGAUCCAAAGAAUGAAAGGGGCGGAGCCAGGGACUGGCUAGAUGAAAAUGAGGCGGAGCUCUGUCUGACUGGCUGCAGCUUCUAAUGCACAUUGUGACACACUCCCAGGGAGGAGCCGGUACACCUGUGCAAGACUGGAGGGGAGGAGCCGGUACACCUGUGCAAGACUGGAGGGGAGGAGCCGGUACACCUGUGCAAGAC